CCCAAAUAAAACCCAGAGAUUGGUGAAGCCCAUUACUCGGUUACUUGCUGCAGCUUCUUACUACUGUAAAACCCUAGCCUAUAUCCCCUCAGCUGUUAUGUUUCCAUUUCUACAGCACACUUUCCGUUUGUUAUACAAGACUUAAGGACAAAGUGAGAGUUGCAGUUGUGGUUUUUAAGGGUUGCAUUUAAGUUUAUACAAGGCAUGAAAUCGAGUGAGUACAGCGUGCCUGACGGUUCCAAAUCAUCUGUGUAUAAGUUCUGGGGUGAUGAGGGACGUGAUAUCGGGAAAGUGAAAUGUCAAAACCCCUACACAUGGACCCCCGGUGGGUUUUCCAUUGAUAAUGAUUCACUUAACUGCAGACUUAUGAUCCUUGCAGUGUGCACUUUUGUUUCUUUGAUUGUUGGCGUAGCAACUAGAGGAUGGCCAUCAGUGGUGCAGUAUGGUCUUGAAAUUGUUUUAAGUUUCUUGUUAGUGGUCUUUGGCACAGCCAUUAAAAGACAUGUACAAUUCAGACAUUUUGAAAAGGAACUCUUAAUUCAUGAUCCAAAAACAGUCAAAUUUCUUGACGUAAAAGAAAUCUGGCCAUCAACUACAAAUGUUUCGCAAGCUCUCAAAGUCACACGUCUUGAGUUGCUUGCAGGCUUAGCUUUUGUUUCUUUGAUUCGUUCCUUAGCAACCGGAGAAUGGCUGUCAGGGGACCUGGAUGGUCAUGGUCUUGAAAUUGUUUUAGCUAUCUUGUUAGUGGUCAUGAUAGAAAAGUUCUGGAUGGGCUCUUUUCUGUCUACUCUCGUAGCUAUUAAUAAGCUACUUAUUGCUUGUUACCCCAUCUCUUUUUGUGCCAUUGUUACCAAUGCACAACUUUCCAAUUCUGCUUUAGAAGGGGACUACACUUUACAGAACUUCAGUCGUAACGAUGACGAACACCACCCUCUUAUGUUGAGCGUUAAGAAGAAUUGGGUUCAGGGCACAUCAAUACUUGACUGGACUGAUAUAAUCAUGUUCAUUGGUAUAAUGUUGUUGGCUGUGACUCUAUACUACCACAACUGGGUGCUCUCUGCCUUUUGCAUUCUUUGGACACAUAUCAUAGAUUUGAUGCAGGCGCUAAAAAUAAAGAUGAAGCAAGGAUUGGUUAAACUUAAGGAAAACAACGUUCAGUAUCUGCGACGUGGAUAUAAGCUAUCUAACUUAGUUAUAGCAUCCCCGUUUUUAGGUGGUGGACACAAAUGGCAAGUUUGCAUGGUAGUGGGCAUUGCAUUAUUUUCCGUCAUCUUUUAUUGUGCCGAGGUAUCUGUGGAACUGAAGAAAUCUCAAGUAUCUAUAUCAAAUUUCUUUUUGGAGUUGAGGAACAAUAAGAAAGUGUUGUUUUUCACUGCAAGGCAUGUUUUGGAAAUUUUUGUUCCUUUGUUAUUUUCUCUACUAGCAUAUGUUCGUUUGAUGGAGUUUGAUAGAAAAAAUCAUUACACCGAAACUGAUUGGCCAAGUUUUGCACUUGUUAUACAAGUAGCCAUUUUCGUGGUAGGAUGGUUGCAUGUGAUCAUGGAUGAUUGUAGUCCUGACUAUUUUAGAUAGGGGUGUGCACGGGUC